AUGGCAGAGGAAGACAUGGAGACCGUCGAAACCACUUCCGAGAGCGAGUUCGACAAUGCCCCGCCCGUGCAUCCCGUCCCCACCAUGCAGGGCGCUUUUGAGGAGUCCAUGUCCGAGACAAUGAAUGGGGAUGAUCAGGACGAGCUUCCGGAGCGCGUUUCCAAGGCCGACUCCGCAACACGACGCAAGUUGCUGUUAGAGCAGGAGCACUAUGAGCGCACCGUGGCAGGACGAUGGAAGCAGAAGCCAGGAGAGCGAUUUCACCCCCUGUGGAAGCUUGUGGCGCAGAUAUCAUUUGGCAUGCACCUUCUGCAGCAAGGCCUCGCCAAGUCAGACGAGGAGGUGCUGAAGAUUCUGCAGACCCAUGUCGACGAGAUAGACGGCUUUCUCGAACGGACCACUGAAGAUUUCGAUCUUGCUCAGGGCGAUAUCAACGAGCGCAUUCGUUACCUCAAGCUACCGCUCGAGCAUGGUGAAGUCUUUGAUCAAAUGCUGGUUGAUCGGGCUUUCCGCACUGCGAUCGUCGAGGGCAAUGAGAAAAUCGAGCAUAUCAUUGAUCGAACAUCCGCAGCCAUGAACGAUGCCCUCAAAGAUGUUCAGAAGGGCCUGGAUGCUACAAGGGAGCUUGCAAAAUAUAUGACGAGAAUUGAUAAGGUAUGGGAAGACAGAACAGAGGAGCAUGAUUCGGUAUACCUUGCCAUGAUCGGCAACACUGAAGGAUGGACAAGAGCAUUCUUGACGCUUCAGUCAAAAGGCGGUCAUCUUCGUAAGGCCCUCAUACAGCUAGGCGGCAUUGUCGCCGAGAUGCAGAGACGAGCUGGUGCUGCAAGCCGGAAAAACCUGUUACCAUCUAGAUCAGCGACCGGCCGAUAUGCAGUUGAUACCCGCGCGGACAGUCCGCAAAACUCCCCGACCCCACCUCGAUCUCCUAAUAAGCCCUUGCCAACCUUUCCCGAUCCUUCUUCUCGAGCCCCAUCUUCUCAUAGACAGCCCAGGUCAUCUGGCUCACGAUCAGCAACGGCCUCGCCACAAGUUCACCAAUCAUCAGGUCAGAACACUCUGUCAGUCUCACGCAGGGAUAGUGGAGUGUCUCCGAGAACCGUUCAGUCAGCGUUAUCACCGAGACACCCUGCUACAGGGCUGUCUCCAAGAUCACCAAACCUCGGCAGAUCCCCCAAGAGCCCAAAUAACGAAAGAAUUCAAGCAUCAAAAGAACAGCAUAAACCAUCGCGAGCGUCUGACAUGGGGUUAGGUAUUGUCCAGCCUGCAGGCUUGAAUGUUGAUCGGAUUCAUGAAGCGCCCGAGAACGUGAGAAACGCAAAAGGGUUCGAGAUACAAAGCAACAAGCGGUCAGAGCAUCACAGAACAUUGAGGAGUCCGGAACCUCAAAAGCCCAAGAGCCCUGAGCAAUAUAGAUCUGUGAGAAGCCCGGAGCCACGACCAACUGGGCUCAGGAGUCCUGAUUCUGAAAGAGCAAAACAAAGCCUGGAGCCUUACAGACCGGUGAUUAGCCCAGAGCCGAGACAUCGGGGCAUCAGAAGCCCUGAACCAAUAAGUGAAGAGAGUGCGGAAACGGCAUUACCCCAAUUCCAGACUCCUGCCCAGAUUAUGGCGAGUAUGACAAAUGCAAGCAAAUCUUCACUGUCGGAUCAUUCCCCAUCACGCAGAACUUCAAUAACAGAGCGAACUCGCUCAAUACUCGGUAGGAAACCCUCUGUGAAGAAAAGCAGUUUAAGCAAUGCGGAAAACAACAACAUACUUGAUCAUGCUGAAAAAUCCGAACAAUCACACAAAUACGUACAAAAAGCUUCGGAGUCUCCUAAAUCAAAGGAUCAAACCACUUCCCCCUUCUUCGCAGGCUAUCGUCUCGCCGAAUACAAACACCUUUGA